GAGUGCAAUUCUUGUGGAAAAAUGUCUGGUGGAAGCGGCGUUUCUCUGUCGGAUCGACUAAACGUGGAAAAAAACAAGCUGGACGAGAGUAUCAGAGACUACUGUUUCCCAUCAACGAGUGAAUCCAGCAUAUUGACGAGUCUUCGAUGGUUACAACAAAUGCUGCUGGACGCACCGCAGUGCAUGAAAUGAACGGAGGCGAUUUGGAGCCGGAUCUAGCUUACUUUCCCUGCAUUGAAAAGGAUUGCAAAUACAUAGGGUCAAACGCCGCAGCACUUCGCAAGCACUAUGAAAGAUGCGACCCAAGGAGUGUUGAUCAUAACGAAAAUGUUGUUGCCUAGAACUUCGAC